AUGCGCGACACCGUCCGGGACAGCGACGCAGGCUCUGGCCUCCUAUCAAUGAGCGCGCUGUGCUGGGUGGUGAAGAGGAUGGAUCGCCUGACCGGCGACGACCGUCGCAGUGCGACCAGCAUGGACAAGGUCCUCGUUUCGGGGUUGAAGGAGCUGCGGAUUCGGAUGAUGACAUACAUCAAGGAACACGUCGCACGCAGACGGUCAGGCCAUGUCGGAGUUGGUGCCGAUGCCUGUGACGACGACGCCGCGGAGCCCCCUUCGGCAUCCCAAGCAGUCGGUGUCGCCGACACCAGCGGAGAGGCCGGAGACGGCGUCGACAAGGCAGAUGAGGAGGCAGAAAGGGCUGUGGCGAGGACCGCGAAUCAGGAAAAGGAGGAGGAGGAGGAUGACACCGACGAUCAAGAUGAUAACGAGGAGGAUCGUGAGGAGCGUGAGCAGGGGCAUGGGCAGGAGGAGGAGGAGGAGGAGGAGGAGGAGGAGGAGGAGGAGGAGGAGGAGGAGGAGGAGGAGGAGGAGGAGGAGGAAGAGGAGGAGGAUGAGGAGGAGGAGGAGGAGGACAAGGAGGCGGCGGCGGCGGAGGCCGUGGAGCAGGGUUUCGGGUCGGUGGAGCAGGUGGCGGAGGGGGAGAAGCAGCAAGAGGGGGAGGAGGAGGUAGAGUUCCCCUGGGUCGAAUUCGAGAUGGAGGAUGUUGAGGGAGCGGCGGCGGUGGCCAUGGAGGGAGCGGCGGCGGCCGUGGAGGGAACGGGCGGGAUGUCGGCGGAUGUUGUGUACGUGCGAGGGGAGGGUGCCGAUGUGGAGAAUGUCGGCGUGGAGGAGGCGCACGUGGUCGGCAAUGUGGUUGGCGACGCGAAGGAGGAGGAUAACGCCGCGGCCCCGACGCCGACGGGCGUGGAGACCACCACAGGGAACGCAGGGGUGGAACGCCGGGGUGGAGCGGUAGAGGCGGGCCGUCAACCGGGUUCCUCAGCAGCUGGUCGGCAGGCAACGCCGGCCGUCGUCGCGCAGCUGCGACAGGAGAACAUGUGGCUGAGGGCAGAAAAUGCUCGUCUCGAGACGGCGCUCGGAGUGGAGAGGGGUCGGGUGGACAGGUUCGCGAUGGGGAUUGGCCACCUCGUGGACAAGCUCAGGUCGUUGGCCGACCAGGCGUACGUCGAGAGGGCGGAGAGCUGGUUGGACGAUCUAGAGAAUCCGGAGGGGUUUAUGGCGGUGCAACGUGCGAACGCGGUCGUCGCCAUGGGCAACCACAUGGACGAAGCGAGGAAGGGAUUGGAGGAAUACAUAUCGAAGCACCUAGUCGCCGCGCAGACCAACAUCGCCACCGCGGUAACUCAACGCGUCGCCGUCCCGCCGCCCACGCAGCCCGCCCCACCGCCAGCCUUCCCAGACGAGCUCAUGAAGUCUUUCAAGGCGGACGUGUUGAAGGCGGUGACUGAGGCCACCCAGCAGUCGUUUGUUGCGUCCGGGUUAAACCUCAUGACCCAGGUGAUCGGCCAUCUGGCGCCUGGUCGGCAUGGGUCGUCGCCGUCGGACAACGAGGCCGACAAGAAGGGUGCGAAAAGGGCGGGCGGCGGAGAUGAUGCGUUGAGCUCGAAGCGGAGCAAGGGAGCUGAUGGGAGCCACGGCGUCGGCCAGGUGGGUCCAGGCGGCUCGCGGAGCAAGGGAGCCGAUGGGAGUGGAGGUACGAGCGUGGUCGACCAGCUCAAGAAGAACGGGGCCAAGGUGAUAAGGACGCACAGCAAGGGCGAUGGAAUCAGGAGUGCGGAGGGGGGCCCUGCCGACCAGGUUGCCGCUCAAGAGGCUGGACCAACAGCCCCGCCAUUGGUCGCCGAGAAGCCGGCCAGUCUAGCGACCGCACCAACGGCGAUAGAUGGCGGCGCCAAAACCAUCAAGGGACCGUCCGUCGGAGUGGCGGGGACCACGUCGAUCCCCCGCAAACCCCCUGCGGCUAGCAGCGCGCCGGUCGCCCCGUCAGCCGCCAACAACGAUGGGCCGUCCCUUGCGGCUACUCCAGCACCAGCAGGCACGUCUGCCGCCAAGGUUGACGCGGUGGAUGCUGCGGCUAACCGCGCUGGUCCGUCCGCCCCAAAGGCGAACGCGCUCAGGGAGAUGCUCAGCCGCAUGGAGACCCAUCGACAGGACGUGCAGCAGCCUCCCGUGGUCGGUACCGCGCCGGCCACAACAGCACGUCGCUCGGUCACUCCCCAGGUCGCCGCCACAACGUCCAGUGCCCCACCUACCGCGCCUAUCAUCGCCGCCCGUCCUCCUGUGGACCCAAAGUCCGCGUUGCUUCGCGCCCGGUUAGGCGCACGUACUGCGGCUGCGCCAGCACGGGCUCAGCCGGUAUCCAGCUCAUGCGCGACGCCGACGUCGGUGACCGUAGCUGCACACACACUCGGUGCGGCUACUGUCGAGGCGGUGGCGGAGAAGGGCGUGAGUGCAGCGCUAGCCACGGGCGGCAGAUCAGUUGACCCUGCACAGGCGGCGAAGGACCACAACG